AUGGCCUCUGCUACACUUCAAAAUUCCGUACCUAACAAGCCGGAGCUCGUUUUCCGGCCGUCUCCCAACUUCUCCCCGAGCAUAUGGGGCGACCUCUUCACUUCAGUUUCCAUCCACCACAAUGAUCAGAUUAUUCACGGUGAGGAAAUUGAGGAAUUGAAGAUGAGAGUGAGGAAGAUGAUCGUUGCUACGGAGACAAGCAUGACGGAGAAGUUGAACUUGAUUGAUAGUGUCGAACGUCUUGGGAUUUCAUAUCACUUUGAAAAGGAAAUUGAAGAGCAAAUUCAGAUUUUUCACAAUUCAUAUUUGGAAAUAAUGGAAAGUGAUGAUUUGCACUUUGUAGCUCUGUGUUUUAGAUUGCUUAGACAACAUGGCUGCAACAUUUCCACUGGUAUUUUUGAAAAAUUUAGAGGAAAUGGUGGAAAAUUCAAGAAAUUUGAUGAUGAGGGAAUGUUGAGCCUAUAUGAAGCUGCAAAUGUGAGGACACACGGUGAGGAUGUUCUCGAGGAGGCGCUCGUGUUCGUGAAGGCUCAUCUCGAGUCCGUUGCUCCGUUUCUGAGGUCUCCUCUCAAGGAACAAGUUGACCACGCCUUGGAGCAGUGCCUGCACCGGGGCGUGCCAAGGGUGGAGGCUCGAUGUUACAUAUCUCUAUAUGAAAAGCUCGAAUCGAGGAACGAUGCUUUGUUGAAGCUGGCUAAAUUGGACUUCAAUUUGCUACAAAUGUUGCAUAGACAAGAACUUGGUGAAUUGUCGAGGUGGUGGAAAGAUUUGGAUCUUGUUUCGAAGCUUCCUUAUGCAAGAGAUAGAAUGGUGGAGUGCUAUUUUUGGACAUUGGGAGUGUAUUUUGAGCCUCAUUAUUCUGGAGCUAGAAUUAUGUUGGCCAAGACCAUUGCCAUGAUUUCAGUCAUUGAUGACACAUAUGAUUCAUAUGGUACCAUUGAUGAGCUUCAAAUGUUCACUGAUGCUGUACAAAGGUGGGAUAUGAAAGAAAUCAGGUGGGAUAUGAAAGAAAUAGAGAUAAUGGGGUGAGUGAGGGAGAGGCGAUGGAGGAGUUGAAGAAGAUGGGAGAGGAUGCAUGGAAGGAUAUGAAU